CGUACCUGUAUUUGGUUUUGUGAAGCCCCAACAACUCUCUUCCCUAGGCAAUAACGCCACGGCCAGGUGUGCGACAGUCCUCGUUGCCCAGGUACUGCGGUAAAAGGUACCGUCCCGCAACCCGCUUCACGGCUACGACACGAUCGCCCAAAUCCCUAGUCAGUGUCUGACUCUCUUCCUGCACCCUGACGUACCGAGCGUCAAGUUCAUGGUACUUCCCCAGUUGUUCGUUCCCCAGGGACCGUUGGAUUCUCGCACGGCGGCCAAUUCCACAGUGUUUAUUAGGAGCGAUCGACUAUGUUUUCUGCCGACCUGUCCUGGACGGAUCCUAACACUGAAAAAAUUGGGGAGCGGAGAGAGCGAAAGGCUCGGGAGCGAUCCACAGCAGCAGCCUCCGUCAAAACUUCGAAAAGUUCCAGGAGCUCCAUCUCCGCCGAACGAGAGCUAUGGUGGACUUCGGGGCUGAAAAAGGCGAGGAGUCUCAAGCCCAGCAUGUUGCGACCAGCUUCAAGUAGUUCAAGUUCUCAGAAGACGGUCCAUGUCAUCCCUAGGAAGCUGGACAAGAAACUCGCACCUGGGUUCAAAGACCCAAUGUUGCAACCAGGCUGGACGUAUUCAAGCACGCUUUCUUCUAUGUUGCCAUCCGGAGCAUCUUUAGAUUUACCUGAGUACGAAGUACCAGAGCUGGAAGGCGAUACAUCAUCUCGACGUACGGACUCGACCGGACCUCGCUCCUCGAAUGACCGACGGUGGGAGGUGAAGACUCCCAUGAAUGCCGAUAGCGUCAAUGAGAUAAGCCAAAGCCAACGGCAACGAACAAGUCCAGGAUCCUUUGUCACCAGUAGGACAAGGGUGAGUUCAGCAGCUACUGAAAAUGAUGACUGCGCGGCAGCUCCAGAUCUUGUUGUGCCGCGGAUAAAGAGAAGACCACAGUCGGUGAAAAUCGAGGGAGCUCUAAGCUUAGAGGCACUCAAACUGCAUGAUGCCAUCCAGGAAUCCAGAACCUCGGAAGAAAUAGAGCGUACCUCAUUAAACAGCAUCGGUUCGGACUCGAAGAUCACAUGUAGACCGCUGUCGCAAUGGGAAUGCCUUGCCCCACGAAAAGUACCCACGGAGAUGCACCUGUUGCCUAAAUCGACUACCACCAAGGUAGCUGUUAGCCAUAGCAGCACAACCGAGCUUAAUCGCUUCCAACGCUUCAUUCGCAGAAUGGAAAGCGCUGGUCCGAAGGUUGUUCUCGACCGACUCAAAGAGGAAUGGCAAGAGCCCGUUAGUGAAGAUGUAAAUGAAGAGUUGGCUCUCGAGAAGCAACUCUGGCUCUUGACAGGUUUCCAGAUGCAGAAUCUGGGCAAAAAUCGGAUCGCCCCGAAACCAGAUUGCGACACAGGCCGGCUUCUGGAGUUGUAUGGCAACCUCUCUGAGGUGUACCAACUGUCGGCUAUGCAUCCGUCAAAAACUGUGCACUUCCUCACCACCAAGCCCCAGCGAUUGAUUCCACUGCCUGGAAAUGUUUCGUUCUUAACCGUGCGAGAGGCCGGUGUGGUACCCUUGCCCUACCCCGAGGGUUACUUUUCUCAUAUAAGAGCAUCGACGUUGCCAUCGCUGGUCCCUUCCGCCAAGUUGCCUGACCUGUUCCGUGAAUGCUACAAGCUGCUCGCUCCAGGCGGGCUGUUGGAGAUCAGGAUCAUGGACGCAGCACCUGUGCGCAAAACCGCUGGUCCGCUAAUGAGGACGUGGAUCGAAGACAGGCUGUCCGUCAAUCUCGAGAGGCUCUUUCGAUGCUCGAAGCCAUGUCUGCUUGUCCCCACAUGGCUAAAUGAUGCUGGAUUCGAUCUGACCCGCGUGGAAGAGGACCAAAAUGUGACGUUGCCGUGCGCGUUCGACACAUCUUGCAAUGACGUCGACAAGGAGCUCUCGACGACCAUUGGACGCGCUCUUUGGAAAGAUAUCUGGGGCAGUUUUGUUGAUGAUGUUCCGGACGAAUCCAGGUGGUGGUGGGAUGACAGCGAUAUUGUGCAAGAGUGUCUCGACCGCCAAACUGUGUUCGAGUGCAGAGCGAUCUUCGCGUAUAAGAGAUAGAGGGCAUCCGUCUUCUUUUGGCGAUCACUUUGGGGUGUUGUCGUGAUAGUGAUCACGAAAACCUUGGAAGGAUGUUGUGUCGUGAAAAACCGCUGCGUUUAUGAUUUGAUUAUGGGAUACCCGAUCCGCUUUUGAUCAAAGUUUUCUUAAUUUAGGAUGCGAUCACAGUCGACCUUGUCUCCUAUGUCGCAAUGUAUAUGGUACCGCCAUUAAUGCCCCU